AUGGUCGUUAUUGUUGCUUCUUUAUUUUUACCCUUCAAACCCCAGUUUGAAAUCCAAGCCUCUGUGGAUGAAGCCACUGCCCUAUUGGAAAGCCAACCUAUUAAGAUUAAUACAUUAGAUAGUACCAGCAAUACUCCAACGAAUAAUAGUAAUGUUAAUACAACUGUUGCCAGCGGUACUGCAAGUUUAAGACCUGCUUCACCCAUUCAUAAAGACUCUACCCUUGAACUCAUUAGUAAUCCAAGAUCUGAUUCUGCUCCAAGCGCGUCUACAGCAGCAAAAAAAAUGAAAACCUCUUUUGCUACCCCCCAGUAUGACACAGAAGAAGCUAGUAAAGCAUUCAUGCAGAGUUUGACUUCUAAUGCUACUCCAACCUUUACUGGUGGUACUGCAACUCCAUUAUUUAAUCCAGAUAGGGUCGUUUCUAUGAGCACAAGUGAUGUCCAUGGUAUUAACUCUGGUAUUGGUAAUGCUGCAAACAUUGCUGCUCCUACCGCAUCAACCGGUACCACCGCAAUCGGUAACGUCAGUACAAGUAGUACUCCCAUUUCCCACUCUCUAAAUGAGUAUCUCUUUGACAAAAAUAAUGGCAUUAAUCCUGCUAGUUCAAGUAUUACACCCGGUUCCGGUAAUAUGGAAUUACUAUCAUCCAAUAUUGAACAUCCAGACUUAUUAUCAUCAGGUGUAAAUGACCCCUCCCAUAAACCAAAGCCAAAGCACUCGUCAUUGUAUCGUCUUCAAUCCGCUACUAAUUCAGCUACCAGAUUAGAUGCUACUGCCUCCUUGUUGAAAAAAGUUAGUUAUAAUCUAUUGCAUCAUCAAGCAGCAAAUCUUGCAAAUAACAAUAAUAACGUCACCGACUUAAAUUCGGCUGGUUCUUCGCCUAAAAUUAAAUAUUCCACGGUAAUCACGCCUCGUUCAAGAGAAUUGCCUUUAGAUGAAGCUAAUUCUAAUAAUGUCAUUGAAAAGAUGCGCCAACAUUCUCAAAAUUUGGUUUCAUCUUCCACCACUUCCAUGAGAAGAAUCCGUAGAAAAUCGUCUGUCAAUAGUAGUACUCCUAAUCCAUUAUCUCCUGCUACAACUGGCGGGUCUAUUUCUUCCACUAUGACUAAUUUGAGUAAUAGCUGUAAUUCAAGCAAUAUUACUGAUGAUACUCGUACUCGUAGUAAUACUCAUAACCUAGGCGGUGUCAAAUUGGCUAAAAAAUAUUAUGAUUCCGUCUAUCAAUCACCAUUGAACCUAUACAAUAGUAAAAGCAACACCACCGUUAAUAAAGAUUCUAUAUAUAACGAAGAUGAGAUGUUAAGUGAUGGUUACGAUUCAGAUGCGGUUUUCACACCAGGUGAAAGUGUCUAUGACGACGAUGGAAGCAACGUGCCUAAAUUUGGUGGGUUUUCCACAAAUGCCAAACUUGUUAAAGAGUCCUUGUUGAUGGGCCCUCGAAACAUUUUUAAUAAUGCUAAUUGGUCGAUUGUUUCUAGUGAUAAAGGUAAUGGCGGUCUGAAAAAUGCAAUUAAUACCGCUAUACUGGAAAAAACUUUCAACCAGCCAGUUGUUUGGGUUGGUAGUUUAGGUGUUCCCACUGAUAACAUUCCGCAGCAUGUAUUGCAUGAUAUUACAAACACCAUGGAACAUGAUUUCCACUGUCAUUCUGUAAUCACAGAUGAUAUCACGUUUAAAGGCGCCUAUAAAAACUUUUCGAAAGAGAUCUUGUGGCCAACUUUACAUUAUCAGAUUCCUGACAACCCAAAAAGCAAAGCAUUUGAAGAUCAUUCGUGGAAUCAUUACCAAGAACUAAAUCAGGUUUUCGCUGAUAAGAUUAUUGCCAGCUAUAAGGAGGGUGAUACUAUUUGGGUCCAUGAUUAUCAUUUAUUGUUAGUUCCUGGAAUGGUUAGAGACAAAAUUCCACAUGCCAAGAUUGGGUUUUCUUUACACGUUUCUUUCCCCAGUAGUGAGGUUUUCCGUUGUUUGGCUCAAAGAAAUAAUAUCUUGGAUGGUAUGUUGGGUAGUAGUUGUGUUGGAUUCCAAACCAAGGAAUAUGCUAGACAUUUCAUUCAAACCUGUAACAGGUUACUGAUGAGUGAUGGUGAUCCAGAAGAUGGCAUUAAAUAUAAUGGCCGGAUUAUUGGUAUAAACACAACGCCAAUUGGUAUUGAUGCAUUUAAUCUGCAGAGACAGUUAAACACCGAAGAGGUUAACACUUGGAGAGAAUUAAUUAGAGCAAAAUGGGGCAACGCAGACUACUAUGUUGAAAAUGGACCUGCAACUGAUACCAAGGUCCCACAGAGGAAAAUUAUAUUAAGUAAAGAUCAAUUUGAUUCGAUAAGGGGUUUGAAAAAUAAGUUUUUGGCUUAUGAGAGGUUUUUGAGGGCCAACCCGCAAUAUAUUGGUAAAAUUGUUUUCAUUCAAAUUUUCACGGGUGGCAGUAGCAGUAUUGGUAGUGGCGAUAGUGAUUUGGAAAGGGACAUCAUUUCCAUUGUGGAUCGUAUUAACUCCUUGAAUACCACCACAGACAUAAUGACUCAGCAGCAGCAAGUAUUGUUAUUACACCAAGACUUAGAUAUAGCUCAGUAUCUAGCACUUUUGAGUGAGUGUGAUAUGUACUUAAUUAACUCUAUGAGAGAGGGCAUGAACUUGAGUUGUCAUGAUUUCAUUGUUUGUUCUGAAGAUAAAAAUUCGCCAUUAUUGAUCUCUGAAUUCACCGGUAGUGCAGAAUUAUUACAAAAGGGUGCCUUGUUAAUUAAUCCAUGGGACAUUAGGAAAAUUGGAGAUGUUAUGAGAAUUGCAUUGGAAAUGGGGUUUGAAGAAAAAAGGAGAAGAUGGAAGAAGAUGAUGAAACAAAUCGUUAUUUACGAUAGUGAUAAUUGGUUGAUUUCCAUGAUGAAGUCUGUUAAUCAGUUUUGGGAAAUUAACAAACAAAGAUCCACAAUUUUUAAACUAAGUUCAUCAAAUUUAUAUUCUACGUACCAAGCCUGUUCUGAAGGGAAUAAAUUGUUCUUGUUUAAGAUUAGUGAGCCACCUUCAAGAAGAAUAUUGGAAAUUUUGCAAGAUUUAUGCAACAUGCCAGGUAACGUGGUUUAUGUUAUGAAUUCCAGCGAUAAGAUAAUGUUGGAGAGAUAUUAUUGUCGUGUUAGUAAUUUGAACCUAAUUGCAGAGAAUGGUGCAUUUGUAAGAAUUGGUGGAUUUUGGUACACGAUUAUGAGAGAUAGCACGUGGCAAAAGGAUGCCUUGCAGGUUUUGGAGAGCAAAGUGGAAAGAUUGCCAGGUAGUUACAUCAAGAUGGGUCAGUCCUUGUUUAAGUUUCAUACUGAAAAUGCCGAAGACAAAGAUCGUGUGGAAGAUGUUAUUGGUGACACAAUCAAUCAUAUCAACACCUUAUUUGGUAGUCGUCGUAACAUACACGCUUAUUUGCAUAAGGGGAUUGUAUUUGUCCAAGAAUACGGGUUAAGUUUAAAGGCCUUGAAAUUUAUUAUGAAUUUUAAUGCUGCUACAGUCAACACCCCAACGGGACAAACAAACAAUUCUCUAUCUGCAACAAGCACUGUUCCUAAUAAUAAUGGCACAUUGUCCUCUUCAUCUAACGCUGAUGCUGUUGUAUCUUUUACUCCAAUGAGCCCCUCACCAUCAUCAGAUAGUAUUACCAAUAAUACCUUUGAUGGUAAGUUUAGCUUUGUCUGUGUCACUGGUUCAUCUUCUCCAGUUUUGGAACCUUUAUUCCAGUAUGUUAAUGAUUUAAAAAUAAAGGGUAAAGUUACUUAUACAUUUAGUUGUGUUUAUGGUGACCCAGAAUCCACUAAUGCACAAGAACAUGUUGAAGGUUUGAACGAAUUAUUUAAUAUUUUAUCUGAGCUGGUCUAA